ACGCGGGAAAGGUCAAGUCCAGUCUAAGGGGAAACUAGUUUUCUUUUUUUCUUCCUGCUAAAAAAAUACCUAGGUGAAAAGACGAAUAAGCAAGCAGGAAAAAUUAAGUAGUUACGUAGGUAAAAUAUACUUAUCCAACCAUGAGCCACGACCCGGCGCGCUCCCUAGCGGACGUGGGCUUCUACCCCGACUCGGCGCCCGAAACGCCGUACCUGGGUCUCGACACCGGCAGCGCCUUCCCCUCGGGCGUCGCCUCGCCGGACCCGCUCCUGACCCCGUCCAACAAAAACAACAGCAACAACAACAACAAUGAGUACUUCGCGCUAGACCGCAAGGCGCUCGCCCAGGCCCUCGGCCAGAAGCGCGACAGCGACAGCCAGAUCUCGGUGCGCAUGCAGACGCGCGACAUCACGGACCGGCACCGGUACGACGACGAGUACGACGACGAUGGCGAAGACGAGGUGCUUCCGGACCUGAUGCUCGAGCUCAGCGCCAUCAGGAGCCGGACCCGCAGCGCCGCGGCGCGCAUGCCGGACGCGGACGUCGAGUCCGGCGCCAGCACACCCGUCCGCACCAAGGGAUCAUCGCAGGGCGUUCCCCCCGAACUCGCCAACUUCGCGGCGGAGAUCGUAUUCGUGCUGGUGUGCAGCGCGGGCCAAUUCAUCUUCGCGCUGACGUACGGCCACGCCAACGUGGCGCAGCUGCAAUUGCGGACCGCGCUGGGCCUGCCCGCGACCCAGAUCCCGUGGGUGCUGGGCUCGAGCCUGCUGGCCAGCGGGCUGUCCGUCAUCGUCGCGGGGUCGCUGGCCGACCUGGCGGCGCCCAAGCCGCUGAUGGUCGGCGCCUUCAUCUGGAGCGCCGUGUGGCACGCCGUCGCCGCGGCGGCGCUCUCGCCCCGGCUAAAGGUCUUGUUCUUCGUCGCGCGCGCCAUGCAGGGGCUCUCGCUGGGUAUCCUCGUGUCUGCGUCGAUGAGCGUCCUGGGCCGCGUGUAUAAGCCCGGCGUGCGCAAGACGAGGGUAUUUUCGCUGAUGGCGGCCGGUGCCCCUUUCGGAUUCUCCAUCGGUUGCCUUCACGGAGGCGCGCUGGCCCAACACUUACCAUGGCUUUUUGGCAGCACGGCCAUCUUCCUCUGCGUUGUCGCCGUAGCCGCGUACCUGACGCUACCGGAUCUAACUCCCGCAAAGGACAGCCACGACGCGGACGCGCCCUCGCUGCGAGAGUUCGACUACGUCGGCGCCGUACUCUCGUCCUCGGGCUGCGGUCUGGUGCUUUUCGGGCUGACGCAGGGAUCGUCUGCUAACUGGAACCCUUACACGUACUCUCUUAUCAUAGCGGGUGUUGCAAUGUUCGUCGCGUUCGCUUUCGUCGAGCGCAGCUUGAAAAGGCCUUUGAUUCCUAAUGGCUUGUGGAAGACACCGGGAUUCGCUGCGCUGCUUGUGGCGUACUUCCUUGGCUUUGGGGGUUUUACCGGAGCGUGGCAGUUCUACGCCGUCCAGUUUUGGCAGAGGUAUCAGGGCGCGAGUCCAGUAACUGUGGCUCUUUACAUCCUACCCAACGGAGUAGUCGGAGUGUUAGCGGCCUAUGUCGUGUCCAAAACAUUGCACGUGUUCCCGGGACACUGGAUUUUCAUAGCUAGCAUGAUAGCUUUUGCAUUAGGACCCGCCUUCUUCCUCCCUCAGACGCCGAGCACUUCUUACUGGGCUUUAUCGUUCCCUGGCGUGGCGCUCGCAACGUUCGGUCCGGAUAUGAGUUUUGCGGCGGCUGCUAUAUUUAUCACGUCCAGCGUGCCGCGGUCGUACCAAGGGUCUGCCGGUGCCCUGUUGGUCACGGUGCAAAAUCUGACAUCAGCUAUCAUGACGUCGAUCUCUGACUCGAUCGGCGUCAAGGUCGACCAGUUGCCCUCGGGUGAGAUCGGACUCGAGGGCCUGAAGGCCAUCUGGUGGUUCGGACUCGCAUCCGCAAUGACAGGAGCACUUAUCACGGCUACCUUUGUGAGGAUCCCGAAGGCGGAGGAGAAGGAACACGUGCAGUAACGAACUAAAGGGUACAUCUUUUGGAUAUUAUAACAUUGGCUAUUGAGGGGUUUAUUAUAAAAGAGGAUAAGACUACGGGUAAGGCACUCAGGGGUGAAACGAGGAUAUACACAAAACGCAGGGUAUGAUGAGUUAAGAGAAGUUAAUGAGCGAUACUUGGGAUAUAUAGACGGGUUAGACGGGUAAUUUCAACAUUCGUACGGUAAUCUAAUAGAAUAGGAAUCGGUUUCACUUGCAGCUCAUGCUCAUAUGGUAAACCUAAGCAGUGCAUUACGCUCAGUGUGUGUGAAAGGCUAUAACCUUGAUUGUUAUUAGCCAUUCACUGGCAGUUGAUGAUCGGUACAUUGGCUUGGUGAAGGCAGAAAUGGCAAAGAGUCGUCGAUUAAAAAUAUCAACCUAGCUGCUCGUCUGCUAGCAUUGAAAGUUAGCAUGUAGUAUAAAGAUCU